UGGUUUAAAUUGUUUCUGUGCUGGUUGAGACUAGUUUAUGUUGAUCUGAUACUGAUCCAGCCUAGUUUACACUGGCACUGGACUCAUUUGGCUUAGUCCAGUACUUAAAUAUGUGAUUGCUUUUGUUCAAAGCUUUGAUCAGCCACUGUUAUGGGCCGUGCAUGCUGGGAUAACAGACCAGCCAUUGAGUGGAUCUGGGGCUCUCUCUGUGGAGAAAAUCAUCUACCAAGCCAACUACAGGCCAAGAGAAAUGCACUACAACAUAGAGCUUGUAAAGAUUAAACUACCUCUGUCUUUCAAUGAUCAAGUAGCACCCAUCUGUUUGCCCAGUUAUGGCGAGAGCUUUGAGGAUGGCCAGAUGUGUUUGAUCUCAGGCUGGGGAGCCACAGUGGAUGGUGGAGAGGCCAGUGUGUCCAUUCAUACCGCUCGGGUCCCGUUACUGUCCAGCAGACAGGGACUGGGUCUGACCCCCUGGAACAUCUGUGCAGGAUUCUCGGAGGGUGGUGCUGGGACAUGUCAGGGGGACAGCGGAGGGCCGCUGGCCUGUCAGGGGUCCGGGUGGACAUUGGUGGGGGCAGCCAGCUGGGCAGAGAGCUGUGGACAAAAAAACAAACCAGGGAUUUACACCAGCACAAGUAAAGCUCUCGCAUGGAUUCAGCAACAAAUGGAGAAAGAAGAGCAACAGCAACACUGAGCAUCUCGUGGUGGAUGAGCUUCUGCUGGACUGCAUGCACAUACUUCCAGACCUAAAAACGAAAAUACCUUAUCCAACAUGACUUAUGAAGGGGAAAUCAUGUUAUCAGUCCUUAUAUAAUUUUGGGUACAAUUCAUAUCAGGAAAAACAAAGCUCUUUCUCAAAGAAAUAUUGGUUUCAGUUUAAAUAUUUUUCAACAGUGUAACUUGUCUGCUAGUUGCCAAGUUUGAUCAUUAAACACCAAUUUGAUAGUACAGAUAAAAAGAUGUUUUCAUCUUUUAUCAUGUCACUGGAGAUCAAAUAUAGAAAAAAGAAAAAAACCCACUCAAUUCAAAAAGUGGACAUUGUAAAAACUAUAAUUCAAAGGACAUAAAGGCAAAAUUAAGGUUUAUGAAAUGUGGUGAGAUCAAAUAGAAAAUAUGAGAUUAUACUAUGCAUUCUAAGAAAAUAGAUAAAAAAGAGAGAUCAUCAAUGGACAUGAAAUGUAGACUAAAUUAUAGAAUGACCCAAAUGUAUAAAUAGAAUUCCUGUUGAUUCUAUUGACCAAGACAAAAGAACAGAUCUUUAAGAAAUUUACAUUUAUUUGUAAAAUAGAUCUAUUUACUGUACAUUAUUUACUUGUGCUCAAUUAUUUAUCAUUUAUGUAUUUAUGUCCAAACUUUUAAGUGCAUAUAUUUUUGUAAGUCCAAAUGUAUACACACUUAACUUGUGAUGCAUUCGUUAUCAUUCAUUAAAUUAAUGU